AUGCCAAGGAGUACGAGGCACAAGUCGAGUAAGCAUAAGGAUGCGAGGGAGUACUCUGAUUCGGAGAAAGAGUCGAGUUUGAAGGAGAGGAAGAGCAAAGACGAGAGCAGCGCUAGGGUUUCCAAGGAUUCUGGUUCUGGUGACAAGCGAAAGCUCGAUUCCAAGGAGUAUUACGAUUCGGUUAAUGGCGAGUACUACGAGGAGUACACUUCCUCUAAGCGGCGGAAAGGAAAAUCCGGUGAGAGUGGUAGUGAUAGGUGGAAUGGUAAAGAUGAUGAGAAAGGGGAGAGUUCGAAGAAGACGAAGGCGUCUAGUGAGAAGAGUAGGAGGAGAGAGGAAGUAGAUGGUGAGGAGACGAAGAAGAGUAGUGGUAAAAGCGAUGGGAAGCAUAGAGAGUCUAGUAGAAGGGAAAGCAAAGAGUUUGACAAGGAAAAGGAUCGGGAGAAAGAUAGGAAGUACAAAGAAGGCAAAAGUGAGAAGUUUUAUGAUGGUGAAGAACACCAUAAAUCCAAGGCUGCCUCUGAUAAAACUGGUAAGAUAUCUCGACCAUGUUAUCAAAAUAGCCACUGGAUACUUCAAUGA